CUCCAUACCACAGCUGGAGAGGCGCAAGAAGAGUCCGUGGAAUUGGAAAGGGGGAAGAAAGAGAGAGAACGAACCCGUUCCUGGCUUUUGACUGGACGGAAACCUUAGAAGCAGGCGCCCUUCUUUGCAGCCAUUGGCUGGCAGUCGGAGGAGCUAAACUUUUGGUGGCGGUCGGUGGGAAGGUAGCGGCUGUUGUUUAGUCUCAGUUUGGAAGAGCCGCGGGGAGGGUCUUUCGCUGGCUGGAGAACCAAGUUCUUGGCUGGAAGAAGCCUAACGGGACGAUCAGCUGGGUCGAUUGCACUUCUGAGAGCUCAGCGCUGCAGGCUGGAGGACCUUGGCUGUGUGGUUUCCAAAUUGCCGAACUAUUGUCUUAUCCCCUUUUUGGGGAGGGGAGUACUAAAAGUGGAGAGAGUAAGGACCGGGGGGGGUUGCCUGAUGGAAUAGCGGUGCUCCCUUGUACUUCAGUAGCCUGUAUUGAGGGUGUCCAGGUGUAGAUUCCCCUCUCCUUAACCGGGGUUGCUGUGGUUGUCAGUCAGCUAUGGAGCUAUUGGAAGGCGGGGAGCAGAACCUCUUGCAGUGGGAUCGAAAGCUGAGCGAGCUGUCAGAACCGGUGGACUCUGAUGCCCUGCUCUACAACACGCAUUUCACAGAACUCCUUGAUGAGUUUUCCCAGGACAUUUUGGGCCAGCUCCUGAACGAUCCCUUCCUGUCUGAGAAGAAUGAGAUGAUGGAAGUGGAGCUAUUGCCGGCUUCUCCAGCACCCCUCAUUCAGGCAGAGCACAGCUAUUCGCUGUGUGGCGACUCUCGACCCCAGUCCCCGCUGACCCACAUUUCAGCUGAUGACAAUUUCAAUGAAGGGGACCUGGAAAACGAAGACUGGAGCCUGGGCUCGGAUGUGGCCUCAGCCCCCAUCAAGACAGAACCAGCUGGGGGGGCAGCACCUGGCCUCACUCCCUCCAUCAGCCUCACUGCCACAGCGAGUAGCAUGACCCUGGAGGGGGAAGAGGCUCCGCUGCCGGAGGAUGGCACGGCUAAACCACUGAAUCACCAAAUUCUCCCAGAGAUCAAACUGGAGCCUCAUGAAGUGGAUCAGUUCCUGAACCUUUCUUCCAAGGAAGCCAUGGAUACCCUUCACAUGCCUCCAACUCCCCCCAGCAGCCAUGGCAGCGACUCUGAGGGUGGCCAGAGCCCAACCAGGUCCCUUCCACCAUCAAGUCCCACACAGUUACAAGCCACUGUUAAAGUGACACCACGUGUGGCUUCCGUGCUUACCAAUUCUCCUCUCUUAACAGCUCCACAUAAGCUCCAGGGCACGGGUCCUCUGAUCUUGACAGAGGAGGAGAAGAGGACACUGAUAGCAGAAGGGUACCCUAUCCCUACAAAGUUGCCUCUCACAAAAGCAGAAGAGAAAGCACUUAAGAAGAUCCGCAGGAAAAUCAAGAACAAGAUCUCUGCCCAGGAGAGCAGAAGGAAAAAGAAAGAAUACAUGGACAGCCUGGAGAAAAAGGUUGAGUCCUGCUCCACUGAGAACAGUGAACUUCGCAAGAAAGUGGAAGUUCUGGAGAACACAAACAGAACACUCCUGCAGCAAUUACAGAGGCUCCAGGCUGUGGUGGCUGGCAAAGUGUCUCGCUCGUGCAAAGCUGCGAGUACCCAAACAGGAACGUGUCUCAUGGUGGUAGUAUUAUGCUUCGCAAUUAUUUUUGGCAGCUUCUCACAGACUUAUGGGCCUAAUUCCUCUACCACAAAGGCAGUCCUGCCAACUCAGCAUUCCACACCAGAGUCAUAUACAGCCUCCAUAGUGCGGUCGAGGAGCUUGUUAACUUACGAGGGGCCUCACCCACUGGAGGAACCGCAUCUCUCAGAUCACAGCAGCAGCUGGGACAAGCACAUGGAUGCCUCCCAACACUCAUCUGUGUCCUUCGAAUCCAUCUCCAGGGCACAACAUGACCACAUCACAGAGAUCACAAUAGCCAACGAAACCCGGCUCGAGAAGUCAGUGCUGGUGGAACUGAAGCAGCACAGAGUCGGCUCAGAGCUGGAUGCCAACAAAACACUGAAGUUCAUUGAAAUUGACAGAAGAGUUAAUGCUACAUCUUAAAAAGGACAUGAAUACGGGAUCUUUCUUGUCUCUUCUUCUUCUUGCCAACCAAAGGACUGAGGAACUUGUCACUGUCAGUAAAUCCAAGGCAGGAGGGGAAACAUUUGUCUGACUUCCAUACCAAAUGGAGAGGAAGUGGCUUGGCUUUGCCGUUCUUGUUCUCUCUCCCCCCUUCUCCAAUUGCUACUGUCCAAAGCCACAUUCUUUAGCUUGCCUUUGUGGACUUGCACCCAGCAGGGAGCAUCUAAAGGCAGCUGGGGCCAAGAAGAUGUUGCUGAUAGGGGUAUUAGAGAAGCCAGCAUAGCCUCUCAUCUUGGUGCUGAAUGAAUACCCCAGCAAUGCUCACAAUGUUGUAAAAGCACAUGAUGUAUCUCAGUUUCCUUAGAGUAUGUACAAAGAGAGUGAGUUUCAUAGAGGCUUUUCUGGCUGAAAUGCAUUCUGUGCUAUUGGGGUGAGGAGUGAAUUCAUGAUCCAUUUUUAUAGGGAAAGGACAGCAUAAGUUGGCCAACAUCUGUAAUAUUACUCUGAAAAAGGAGCUUAGUUUAUAAACUUUGUUCCACAUGGUAAAGUAGAAAUAUGCCUACUGGAAAAGGCAUGGUUGGUUUUAGAAGAAGAAUGUGACUGGUUGUAGAGAGCAGUGAAGGUGGGUAAGAAGGAACAGUUGAUCAAAAUUUCCAGUGGGUUGCCAGUGUAAGAUUAUGGGAGCACUAGCCCAGUUAUCUUAGAAUACUUAAACUCAGUUAUAUCAGAAUACUUUUCAUCCCAGAGUGAUGUUUCUCUGAAAAACUGAUAUUGUGGACUCUCUUCUAUGCUAUUUCUGGUGUAGAAAAAUGGAAUGAGUUCAAAUUGUCAGAAGCCCUGGUCAGUCUUGAAAGGGUCUUUGUACGCUUCCUUUAAUAGAAUUUGAGCUUUAUGUGAUUAUAAAUAGACCCACAGUAGCGCUGUCCUCACUUCUCCUUUAACACCGGAGUACUUUGCUAAAGAGACUAGAUUACUCUGCAUCUCUGCUCCUACAUCCUGCAGCUAUGGAAGGUAAAUUCUGCAAGUUGUCUAUGAGUUGGGUGAAAUAUUCUGGUGUGUAGAUGGAGAUUCUGUUCAGCAUUGGCCACUGCUGUCCCCCCUUUUUAAAAAUUAAAAACCAUGCUACAUGUAUAACUCCUCUCCCUUCCACAAUACACAAAGGACUAGAAGCUUGUGACUGUAUUAAAUAAAGUAAAGGCUGGGAUUUAUAGGAAAUCUGGUAGAUCUGCUGUCUCCCAUGAUUUGUAAAAGUACUGUGCAAUAAACAUUGGUUAAUCUACAAAGAAGAAGAUAUUUAGUGGCUUAAAGGCUCUGGCCUACCUUUUAUUUUUUCCUUUCUGUGUAUGACCCUACAGAAUCAUCUCUGGUACUGCUGAUAUAACUCUGCAUGGCAGAAAAGGCAAAAUUCAGUCCAUCUGUUGUUUGGUCUGCAUGAGAAUCAGGAGGGGGGGGGAUCCUCCUGAAUCCAAACAUCUUGAAAAUCCAUUUGCUCUGACUUCCCCACCAUCCCUCCUCUGCUCUGUUGUAAAUAGUAUUUAUUAGUUUUCCCGCAGUUUCAUCUGGCAGCCGGAUCGAUGAGCCAAGGCUGCAAAAUCUUCCAAAUGCUCUUGGUGAAUUCUUGAGAAACUUCCAAACUUGUUUCUGAGUUCCUAGAAUGAAGCGGAACAUCAACACUGUCACUUGUUCGAGCCUUUCCCCCUUCCUGAUUUUGUGUGUGUUCUGAAAGCAGGUGAUGUCAUGUGAAACAGGGAAGACUUUAAAUACCUGUCUGCUUGGCAAGUUCCAAGCUAUUGUUCGUUCGUAUGAAUCACACCUUCCACCUGGGACACCAGCAGCCAGUUUGAGAGGUCAGAAAAUCCAGUAAAUAUCUGCUCCAGCUCUGGUAAUGAGGGGCUGUUGGUACAGUUGCCUGUGUGGGUAUUUGUUAAUGUGGAUAUCUUCAGAGUACAACACAUACUUUUUCCUCCCAACAAAUAAUAUAGCACCUGGGCGCCUCUAACAAAAUUAUAGCUGUCUGCUUAGAUCUUUCAAAACAAGUUCUGUUGCUUUCCGGUGUCCCCCCCCCCCCCCAGAUUAUUCCAAAUGGUUAUAUAUGCAAAUGUCAAACUUUUAAAAGCAGUGGGGUGUCUUAUUCUUUCUGUUAUGCAUCCUCUUAAUGACUCUCUGUUUCAAAAAUUGUCCUUGUCACUGAUUUUAUAAGUCUGUAUCACACUUUUGAAACAGUUUGUGCGUGGACUUUUGAAGAAGAUGGCAUUAUUUUAAAUUCUGUAUCUAUGUAAAUCAGCAACGAGUUCAGUGAUGGUUCUGAAUCUAUGUUCCUAGCACAUAUAUAUGGUGGCUUUGUUUUUAUUUUGUUUUGGUUUUUCGCUGUAUAUAUGCUAUAGCUCCACUCUUAUUUCUCCCCCUUGCAUUUGCUAUUUGUUACCAUAUAAAUUAAUGUAUUUCAAUAUGUCUGAUUCUAAACCAGACUUCCUCUGAUGUAAUCAGUGGUUUCAAUUUUAAGCCAAGCUGUAAGAUUUGUUCCCUUUUUUCCCAUCAGCUGCACUUAGAAACGGUAUCCAAUCCUUGAUUAUAAAGCUGGGUUUCAUGUCAAAUUGCAAAUGUCCAAUUUUUCUCUUUUUGAAAUAAUUCAAUGUGUGUGGGCUUUGUGUGUGUGCAUUUAAACCUUCAAUUUUAAGGAGCAGAUACUGUCUGGGCACAGUUUGACUGUCAGUCAAGUAAAUGAGUAGCAAUAAUUGCCCCAACAGCAUGGAUUUCCAUGAUGAACUUGGGCUCUUUAAUGCUAGAAGUCCAUUGUAGAAGAGACAUACCAUAAAGCAUUGUAUAUUUAGCAUCUGUUCCCCCCCCCCCCGCCAAGGACAAAAAUAGCUCAUCUUUAAAUUGCUAAUUGGAAACUGGCCAUCUUUCUUUUUAAAAAUGUUUUUGAAGGUGAAACAGUAGGCCACUACUCUAGUGACUAAAAAGAAAGUAGAGUGUUUUUAAAAUACAUAAUUGGCUUAUUAAUGUGGUUCUCCAGGCUCUCAGUUAGAAAAGGAUCUUCCCCAACAGCUGUUAUGAAGGAUCUUUUUACUGCAGAUGUCAAAGGUUAAACCUGAGACCACCUGUAUGCAGUACAACUGAGCUGUGUCAUUUUCAAUUGGAGCCAUUUGUGCUGAGAUUUGAACUCAAUUCUUCCGGAUCCAAAUCUAGCACUCCUUUUCUAUCUCCCCAAAAUAUAUGGAAGAGAGAGACAGAAUGUUUGACAGAUUUCUGUCCUGAUGUCUCAGGAGAGGUGCUGUCAGCUCAGAGAAAGGACAAGGUGUUUGUGGGGGUUUUUUCCCCAUUGAGAGGGUAGCCCUCUUCUCUAAAUGCCCUUUUGUGAUUGAGGUGAUGACAUCAGCAGUCAGUUGCCCAAUCCUUGCCCUCUUUCCAUUGGCAUGUUUGAAAAUCUUGACAUUUCUUUCUAAAAUUCUCUGAAGUGAGCCAUCGUAUCACCUGGUUUCAUGUCCUAGGCUAGCCCGAUCUCAUCAGAUCUUGGAGGCUAGGCAGGGUGGCCCCUGGUUAGUACUUGAUAGGAGACCAUCUAAAACAGGGGUGUCAAACUCAUUUGUUAUGAGGGCCGGAUCUGACAUAAAUGAAACCUUGAGGGGCCGUGUUGGAUUGGGCCAAGCCAUGUCAGGUCGGGCCAUGUGUGUACCUCUUUAAGAUUAAGUAGGAGAAAUAUAAAUUUUAUAAAGAACACAGACAAACACAAAUAUAUUUUUUAAAAAACUUAAAACAUGCUUAAGACGUUAGCACUUGUUGGUCUUAAGGAUGCUUUCUUUGUAUUUCUCCCUUAGGAUCCAGAGAACUGGACAAAGGAAGCUCUGGCUCUUUCCUUCCUUCCCCAGGGGACUGGGGAGGGGAGCCUCAGCCAAUGGAGAAAAUAGAGGUUUUACUCUAUAGCUCCUGAGCAAUUGAGCAAGCCUUGCAAAACAAGCUGUUAUGCAGAAGGUAUCAAGAGAGAGAGGGAGAAGGAAGCAGAUGACAGCCAGUUGCUCGGGGGCCUGAUAGAAGCCCUCCAGAGGCCUGAUUUGGCCCCCAAACUGCAUGUUUGACACCCCUGAUCUAGGAAAUUGAGGGCUGCUAUGCAGAAAGAAGGCAAUGACAAACCUCCUCUGAUCAUUUCUUGCCUGGAAAACUCUACUGGGUCACCAUAAAUCAGUGGUGACUUAAAUUCACACAUUUAGCAACCAUAUGUCAAAUGCAGAUAUAUUCAACAAUAUAUAUGCAUGCAUGAAGCAGAUCGGUGGAUAAAUCAUUCACAAUUUCAUGGGGAUUUGCGAAGUUUAUUUUAGCAAACAAAUGGUUGGUGACUUCUAGUGUGCAGCAGAACUUAAUAAUUGUUCAUGCUGUACAAAAUAUGACAAUGGGAUUCCUAAUGAGAUUACAAUGUUAACAAUUUUCGCAACCCCCCCCCCCCCUUUUAUAAUUUUGCUUCUUAAUUACUAGUUCCACUGAUCUGCUGCUUUUCACACCCUGGUUCCUCUCUGUCAUUGUUGAUGCAUACACUGCAAGCUGAGAAACGUAACACACUGUCUCACUGCAUAUUGGGAUGUUAGCAGAGACCUGAGUCUCUGCUCAGUCCUUGCUCAUAACUUCACGUGUUAAGGACAUAAGAGCCCUGCUGGAUCAGACCAUCUAGCCCAGAAUACUGUCUCCCACAGUGGCCAACCAGUUCCUCUGGAGGUCCAACAACAGGGUAUAUGUAGUCCAGCUAGGUUAAACUCUUUCCUCUGAAUCGAAGGCUUGUAUUUUCAUGCACUUAAUCUGACCAAAGCUUGCAGGAUAUUUAAUUAUGAGCGUAGGACUGCAUCUGUCCUAAGGAUUGUACAGGAGUCAGAAGUGAUAUGCCAGGACUAUCUAAAUUGGCACCUUUCUAUCCAUACAUUUCAUUUAUUCCGUCUGUGUAAAUACAUCAAUAUGUUUUUGUGGUUUCCAUUUGAAUGGAUUUGUCUUGCAUGAAAUAUGGCUAUUAUCUAGCUAAGCAGAAACACGAAAAAAAAAACCUCUGGAAUUCCUAAUAUCCCUUUUGACUUCAGUCUCUUUGUUCUUUCCUUUGCAGCGUUGGUUGAGCUUUUUGUUAAACGUGACCCUUUAAAAAACAAUUUAUAUGUAAUUUUUCUAUAUGCAUUGCUCAUCUAGGUCUGUCGUCACUUGUUUGUUCACACUGUACACUGGGAGGGGGGGAUUUUUGUAUAGAGAACCUGUUUUCUUAUAUUGUUAAGCAGACGAGUCUAAAACCAAAUAGCAAACUAAGUGCUUUUUUUGUAUGUAGCUGAAUAAAGUAUGUAAUGCUUUAUCUGUUCCUUGCAAAUAAAUAUUUUCCUAAAGAAAAAAAUAAAUAAAAACCUUGUGUCAUUCUGCUA